AUGAAGAAAGGCAAAGAAGAAGUUACUGCAAAGUCUUCUCCAUUACAGGGCUCUGUGGACUGCCCCACUCUGGAAUUUGAGUAUGGAGAUGCAGAUGGGCACGCAGCAGAGUUGUCAGAAUUAUAUAGCUACACUGAAAACCUGGAAUUCACCACUAACAGGAGGUGCUUUGAAGAAGAUUUCAAGACUCAAGUGCAGGGCAAGGAGUGGCUGGAGUUGGAGGAAGAUGCCCAGAAGGCCUAUGUGAUGGGACUCCUGGACCGACUGGAGGUGGUCAGUAGGGAACGGCGACUGAAGGUGGCCCGGGCUGUUCUGUACCUGGCCCAAGGCACUUUUGGGGAAUGUGAUUCGGAGGUCGAUGUACUACACUGGUCCAGGUACAACUGCUUCCUGCUCUAUCAGAUGGGGACCUUCUCAGCCUUCUUGGAGCUACUCCACAUGGAAAUCGACAACAGCCAGGCCUGUAGCAGUGCUCUUCGGAAACCAGCCAUCUCCAUUGCUGAUAGCACAGAGCUCAGGGUGCUGCUGAGUGUCCUGUACCUAUUGGUGGAAAAUAUCCGCCUGGAGCGAGAGACAGACUCCUGCCGGUGGAGGACAGCACGGGAGACCUUCCGCACUGAAUUGAGCUUCUCCACGCAUAAUGAGGAACCUUUUGCCCUUUUGCUUUUCUCCAUGGUUACCAAGUUCUGCAGCGGCCUGGCUCCCCAUUUCCCCAUAAAGAAGGUCCUGCUUUUGCUCUGGAAGGUGGUCAUGUUUACCCUUGGUGGAUUUGAGCAUCUACAGGUUCUCAAAGUACAGAAGCGGGCAGAAUUGGGCCUGCCUCCACUGGCUGAAGACAGUAUCCAGGUGGUGAAGAGCAUGCGUGCUGCCUCCCCGCCCUCUUACACCCUCGACCUGGGGGAGUCUCAGCUGGCACCACCACCCUCUAAGCUGCGAGGCCGCCGUGGUUCUCGAAGGCAACUCCUCACUAAGCAGGACAGCCUGGACAUCUACAAUGAAAGAGAUCUCUUUAAGACUGAGGAACCAGCCACAGAGGAGGAAGAGGAGUCUGCUGGUGAUGGAGAACGAACCUUGGAUGGAGAAUUAGACCUGCUAGAGCAAGAUCCUCUGGUGCCACCUCCACCCUCACAGGCAUCCCUUUCUGCUGAGCGGGUGGCCUUUCCCAAGGGCCUACCCUGGGCCCCAAAGGUCAGACAGAAGGACAUUGAGCACUUCUUGGAGAUGAGCAGGAACAAAUUCAUCGGAUUCACUCUGGGGCAGGACACAGAUACCUUGGUUGGAUUACCCAGGCCCAUCCACGAGAGUGUGAAGACUCUAAAGCAGCACAAGUACAUCUCCAUUGCAGAUGUUCAGAUCAAGAAUGAAGAGGAUCUGGAGAAAUGCCCCAUGUCUUUGGGGGAAGAGGUGGUACCAGAGACGCCAUGUGAAAUCCUCUACCAGGGCAUGCUCUACAGCCUCCCUCAGUACAUGAUUGCUCUACUUAAGAUUCUGCUGGCUGCAGCCCCCACCUCCAAAGCCAAGACGGACUCUAUCAAUAUCCUGGCAGAUGUCCUGCCUGAGGAGAUGCCCAUCACUGUUCUCCAGAGCAUGAAGUUGGGCAUCGAUGUGAACAGGCACAAGGAGAUCAUUGUAAAGAGUAUCUCUGCCCUGCUCCUGCUCCUCCUCAAACACUUCAAACUGAACCAUAUCUACCAGUUUGAAUAUGUAUCACAACAUUUGGUAUUUGCCAACUGCAUUCCAUUGAUCCUGAAGUUCUUCAAUCAAAAUAUCUUGUCCUACAUCACUGCCAAAAACAGGUAUGGACUCUGGACAGGUUUAUUUCAAAGGUCUGUUUUGGGAUGGGUUGGGAAAUAUACAUCAUCUCUGAGCCUUUCAGUUCUCCUUGUGUCCCUAGUCCUUUCUAUCUUAGAGCUGUCACUGUUAAAUUUAAUUUCCUUGAAGUGCAGCCAUCCAGGGUUGGCAGCUGUGUGUUUUCAUAUGAAGAAUAUUGCAUGCUUUGAGACCUUAGUGUGUGAAGAGCAGAAUGGUGAGGAGGAAGCUGGAGACAACAACCAGUUCUGUUGGAGGAACCUCUUUUCCUGCAUUAACCUUCUGAGGCUGCUCAAUAAACUGACCAAAUGGAAGCAUUCCAGAACCAUGAUGCUGGUGGUAUUCAAAUCAGCUCCAAUCUUAAAGCGAGCCCUCAAGGUCAAACAGGCCAUGCUGCAACUUUAUGUUCUGAAGCUGCUAAAAAUACAGACCAAGUACCUGGGGCGCCAGUGGAGGAAAAGUAACAUGAAAACCAUGUCAGCCAUCUAUCAGAAAGUGCGCCACCGCAUGAAUGAUGACUGGGCUUAUGGGAAUGACAUCGAUGCCAGGCCUUGGGACUUCCAAGCAGAAGAAUGCACCUUGAGGGCCAACAUUGAGGCUUUUAACAGCCGCCGGUAUGACAAACCCCAGGACUCUGAAUUUUCACCCGUGGAUAACUGCUUGCAGAGUGUGCUGGGGCAGAGGUUGGAUCUGCCUGAGGAUUUCCACUAUUCAUAUGAGCUCUGGCUGGAGAGAGAGGUGUUUUCACAGCCCAUCUGUUGGGAGGAGCUGCUCCAGAAUUACUGACUGAGCUCUUAACAACAAAACAUCUGAUAGAUGGGGUUUGGCUCCAAUAAAUGGUGCUCUGCCUACCCUGCCCAUUCAGCCUUUGUUUCCAGGUCUGGGAGUGCUUGUCCAGGGGAAAGCAGGCCUAGCCCAAGGACGUCCAGUGUAGUGCAGGGCCAUUCUGGGGGCUUUGGGCCUGGUGAUAGUGCAAGGCUAGGAUCCUGAGUCACAACAAAUUGGUCAGCUUGCACUGGGGUCAGUUGGGUGCCCAGUUGGCCUUGAAAAUCUACUGGAUCAGUCCUGGACAGGCUCUUUUGUGGGACUGCUCCCUGCUUUAGUCUUGCCCAGAACCAGGCUAGCCUUUGCUGACCGCAAGAGUGAGAAUAAGUUUAUUAUGGCAUUUGACCCAUGACAUUCAUCAUAGGUAAUGGGAGAGACAAGUCAUAAAAUAGGGAGAACAUUUCCUUCUUGCUUACCCUGGAUUCCUAGGACUUAAAAGAGGUUUGGCAAAGCCAUCUUUGAAAUUAAGUCUGUAUUUUAAAUUAAAAAUUUUGACACCUCUUUCUAAAAUUAUUAGCUCAAAGAUGAUUUUAGAGCACCUGCACCUUCUUUGUAAAGGAUGAUGAUUUUACCAUUACCUAAAUACUGCAUAUGUUAUAGUAAGGUAUAUUGUGUAAAGUGUUUUCUUCUCUACUCCUGAAGAGAUCUAUGUUCAGUCUGAGAAUUAUUUCUCUGUGUAUUGUGUAUAGGGCUUGCAGUGCUCUGCCACAGCCAGUCUGAAAUAGGCCUCCUCUAAGGAUGCUUCAUGUUUUUCUGAAACUACUUCAGUCUUCAAAUGACUGAGUACACUGUAAAAAAUUAUCCUUUUCAUCCAAUUCAUUUUUUAAAUGACAAGUAACUACAGGAGGUUUUAUUUAUUGAGAUGGCUAUGUCCAUUUGUGCUCAUGAUCGAUUUAUUUUUUAAUUGAAUAGCAAGAGCAUCACAGCUUACCAUUUUUCUAUGUUGAUCAAUGAUUUUUUUUCCCUUUUUACUGCAAGUACUUUCAAAGUGUCGUAUGGAGAUUUAGCAAUAUACUGUUCCUACCUAAAAGUAUUGCACACUUCUUUGAAAAUACAGGGGUUGAUGUAUCAACCUCUUUAAACUUCUUUUACAGCAGAAUCACUUAUUUGUCAGUUAAGCGUCUGACUCUUGAUUUUGACUUGGGUCAUGAUCUCAGGGUCAUGAGCUGGAUCUGCGUCCCCACAUCCUGCUGGGCUCUGCGCUCACUGGGGAGUCUGCUUGAGAUUCUCUCUCUCUCUUCCUCUGUCCCUCCCCCUACUCCAUACAUACUCUGUCUCUCUAAUAAAUAAAUAAAUCUUUAAAAAAAAAUCACAUACUUCUCAACAGAAACAAGGUUUUUAGAAAAGCUUCUGAUUCAAUCAGGAUCAUUUUAUUUCUCUUCUGCCCCCACAAUUAUGUCAUCUAUAUUUUCAAGCUUUUUUAUUUUAAGUGCCCUCCCCCCUGGCAUAGACACUACUGAAUCUUUUUUAUGAUAGCACCAGGCCACUUUAAUUGUGCCAGGAGGUCUAGUAAAAAAUGGCUUACUCUGUCAACCACAGUUCAUUUGGAAGUCACGGUACAGUUAUUAAUGAUAUCCAAAGGAACUAGACCGGAACUCGAACUAAAGCUUGGAUUUUACCUUUUUGAGCUUUAAGGUAGCAGGACUUCUGUUUUUAUGGAAAGGUAAUGAAGAAUAUAAGUAUGUAAUGGAUGACACUUCUUAAAAUAAUUUGUAAAUUUUACCUGAGUAGGACAGCUGUCCUCGCUGCAAUCAAAGUAAUUCACUGAGCAUAUCUAUGAACCCUAUUAAUCUAUUUUAAUGUGGUUUAACUGAAAAGACAAUUUUCAAGGAAAGAGCAGUCAUCAAUCUAUUUCUCUUAAAGCCAUGUAGUAUUUAAUUUGUGUCAAGAACAAAUAAGUUGCCCUUUUAAAAAUAUGCACAUGAAUGCUUUCUGAGGCAUAGAAGUAUGCUAAGCUUUAACAUUUCAUACUUUUUUACAAGUCUUCUCUUAAGGGAAGAUUAAUUCUCAGUGCAGAUGGAGAAACUGAGAUACCAAGAAAAGUGAUUAGUUUCAAAUCACAGCGUUUUUUUGCUGACUUGCUGGGAUAGCAUUCAGGUAUUGACAGCCAGCCCCAUAUGUUAAAGUAACUGAUUUGAAUCUUCCAAUUUGAGAACCCAUGUGUGUGGUUAGGAAUAAAUUCAGAUUAACCAACCUCCAAUGGUGAUUACUGUUACUACUUAGAAGGACAUUAUUUGAGUGAUUUAUAAAGGAUUUUUAUUUGUGAAUACUUCAGUAAAGUUUGUGUUGUUGAUAACACUUUAUCUACUGAAAGCACUUUAAUAAAAAGAAAUUGAACUGGA